AUGUCCGAUGAGUUUGAAGAUUCACGGAUAUUCCUUGAGUUAUACUAUUUUACAGUAUCACUGAUAACAGAAAACCUCAAUCCCAUCAAGUAUUUUAAGUCAGACUUUGUAGUUUUAAUUCAACCGAUUAUAGAAAAGUUUGUUGCACAGUUUCCUGGUCAGUCUGAGCGACAAAUCAUGUCAAAUAACGCUUACAAGACUCUUGUUCAAGUUUACGUGCAAAAAAUGCGACCUAUUAUCGAUACAACGAAACAAAGUGGUCUUUGGAUACCACAAGGAGGCUCACCAACAAAUAUAGAUGCAACAGAAUUGAUAGGCCAAGUUCUUUCUUCAGAAGCUGCUGACGUAGAGCAAAUUUUGAUUUUGCGAAGUGUAAAAAUUAAUAAUUUACUUUAUUCGCCAGAAUUAACAUUAUAUUACAACGCAUGUCUGAUGUGUUGCCAGUCACCCAUUGUAAUCGUUAGACUAUAUUCUUACUCUUUGCUUCGAUCAGCGCCCGUUAUUGUAGAUCUUCGACAUUUGUUCAAUGUAUUCAAAGUUGCAAUGGAUUUUUGGCAACGUGGACCAGUAUCAUUCGAGUUUUGCGCUGCCCUUUUCUUACUUUUAGAAAGAUUAUCAGAACAUCGUCCAUCUCCAAUUGAUGCAAAUGAAUUCAACCUUAUUCUAAGUUUAAUCGAAAAUAUUAACAACUCACAGAACUUCGAAACGCUCAUGUGCUUCGAUACAAGCCUUAAAUGGAUGUAUAAAUUAUUUACACAAGAAAUGCUCAACAAUGUCAUUAAAAACUCCAUCGAAUACCUCAAGCAAAGCCACAGUGGUGACUUCUGCAUCAUUUGCCAUUGUUUAUCCGUAGGAAUUGGCGAUCCAUCUCAAUUUUUAGAUAUUGUAGCCGCAGCGUUAAGAACUGUUGCAUGUUGGGCACAUCCAAUACAAAGGGAAGCAAGAGCUUCACUCGCUGCCCUUCCUCUCCAUCAUUCCACCGCUAUAUCAGAUGGAAUUAUUGAUAUCAUCGCUUCUGUGCUUGAACAACCCCCUCAAAUAUCAGAACCGACCCUAUUCAUCUUUGCUGAGUUCUUAAGUUCUUAUUAUUUAGGUACUUCUGCGCCAUUAAAAAUGAAUCUUUUGAAAUCUCUUCUUGGCAUCAUGAAACAGAAUGAAGGAAAGCGUAAUUUACCUCAUGAUAUACGCAAUAUAAUUGUUGCCAUCUGUUCCAACCCAGUCCGCCUCUUAGAAGUUUUAUCAAAUAUAAAUGAGUCGAGAACCAUCAUAAUAAACAUCAUCAGUGGCGUAGACAAGUGGAGUAACUCAUUAAUGACAACACUAGCUGCUUUCCCGUCCUAUGUAAUCACGUCAGAGUCAGAUGCAAAAAGUGCUGCGAAAAAUUUGAGGGAAAAAAUGCUGAGCAUCGAAGAUAAAGAGAAUAAUUUUUAUAACGUGCGCCUCCACAAAGACCUGCCACUGCUAGUUUCCAUUUAUCCAGGGGAAAUCCGAAAAUUAGUUGAAAAUUUAAACGAAACUUUCGACGAAGACCUCAAAUACAUCGUAAUUGAGCUGUUCACCAUUGCCACUCUACAGGGAAGAAUCGCAUCGGAGUGCAGAGACCUUCUUCAGCUACUUCCGAAAACAAAUUACGAAUCUGACUACUCAAACUUAGUCAAAACGAUCGAAGAGACCCUCAAAAGGCCAAAAUCGGUGUUCGAAGAACUCUCUUCUCACAUCGAUGAUGGUUUAUCCCAGUUUUUGGUCGUUGGAUCUGCAUCUCACACCGCGGCUUCACUUUUAUUCGAACACGUCGUAUGGCAAGAAAACAGUGACUCAUUAGUAGUAUGUAAGAGGCUUCAGCUUCGUCCUGCUUCGUGGUUUGCCUCUGCAUUGGCUUCAUUAUUCUCUUCUAUCGUAAAAGAGCCAACACAAGGGCUGACUAAACUGAUAGAUAGCGCUGCAAAGUCUCCUGAGAGGUUGGUUUGGAUCGGAUACAUCAUAUUUAACAGAAUUAUUCCACUUUUGAAGGAAAUUCUGACAAAUGAGACAUUUUAUUUGUUGCCAAAGUAUUCUUUGUAUCCACAAUUAGAGUUUGAGCCAACUCAAGAAGAAUUGAACAAAAUUGAAGAAAUGCAGACAAAAUACAAACCUGCACUUCAAAGUUUGUUUGAUGUAAUCGUUGGAAUUCCAAAGAGAUAA